GAUGCCUCCGAAGAUGGAGAAGUUUCUGCAAAUUGCGCCUCACUCACUGGCCAUCGUCCUGGGCCCCGCCGAGGGGCCGGCGGGGGAGAGGUCCGAGGCCGCCCGGCCCGCGUCCCCGGCCCAGCCCCGGCAGCUCGCCCGGCACCACAUCGGCUACGAGAUCUUCGCCGACUUCAAAGCCGAGAACAUGCAGCACUUCUGGAACAAGAAGGUCACGGCCGCGGUGGCCGAGACGUUCUUCCUGGGCUGGAUCGACGAGCAGGUCCUGCUAAUCCAGGGCAAGGAGGAGCAUCUGGAGGCGCUGCGCGAGGGCUGGUCGCGCCGGGCGCUGCGGCCGCCCUCGGGCUUCCACAUCCGCUGCCUGGUGCAGGUGUAGGAGCAGAUGGCUUUAAAAGUCUUCUUGGCCAGCUAUCAG